GUGGGUACUAAUUAAGAUCCCUGCCAGGAGCGCGCCCUGGUCGCGUUGGGCCGUCAGUCGCUUUUACGCGUCACGCGAUUUCCCCUUUCUGCAGCCUUUGCCACUCCGUCAUGACACGACGGCCUCUCGCCUGGACAAUUUGAACAACACACCCGACAGCGCUCCUAGUUCUCUCGCGACUUUUACAUUGACAUCACUUGUCCAAUCGAUUCGCUUUUCCUAAGAUGGAUCGCCAAUCCGUCUUCACCAGUCGGCUCUACGGCGCCCCUGCCGAGAGUGAAGAUUCACCAACGCGCAUACGCACCCUCCUCGAGUCCUUCAUUCUCGACUUCAGACUCGACAACUCCUUCAUCUACAGAGACCAAUUGCGCGAGAAUGCGCUCCUCAAGAAAUAUUACUGCGAUGUCAACAUUGGCGAUCUGAUAAAGUUCAACGAAGAGAUUGCCCAUAAACUCGUGACAGAACCCGCAGAGAUUAUUCCCCUGUUCGAGGCAGCUCUGAAGCGUUGCACGCACAGGAUCGUGUACCCCCAUGAGGCCAAAGUCGACCUCCCCGAACACCAACUACUUCUCCACUCCAAUGCCGAAGAUGUCUCAAUACGCAACCUAGAUUCCAUGACCAUCGCGAGGCUGGUCCGAGUGCCUGGCAUCGUCAUAGGCGCCUCCGUCAUGUCGUCCAAGGCAACGUUUCUCCACAUCCAGUGCCGGAGCUGCGGUCACACCAAAGAUGUUCAUGUUCUCGGCGGAUUCAGUGGUGUGACGCUGCCCAGGACGUGCGACAGGUUCCGAGCGCCCGGCGACCCGACUGAGAAGUGCCCUCUCGACCCCUUCUUUGUCGUGCACGAAAAGUCGCAGUUCGUCGACCAGCAGAUCAUCAAGCUUCAGGAGGCACCCGACCAGGUACCGGUCGGAGAGCUGCCCAGGCACGUCCUGAUAUCUGCCGACCGCUACCUUACGAAUCGCGUAGUGCCCGGAUCGAGAUGCACCGUCAUGGGUAUUUUCUCCAUCUACCAGACCAAGGGCUCCAAAAACUCAACGAGCGGCGCCGUCGCCAUCCGGACGCCGUAUCUGCGUGCGGUGGGCAUCCAGACCGAUCUUGACCAAACCGCCAAGGGGCAGGCCGUCUUCUCAGAGGAGGAGGAGCAAGAGUUUCUUGAACUCAGCCGGCGGUCGGACCUCUACAAUAUCAUGGCCGACUGCAUCGCUCCCUCCAUCUACGGCAACCGGGACAUCAAGAAGGCCAUCUUAUGUCUUCUGAUGGGCGGUUCCAAAAAGAUCCUGCCAGACGGAAUGAAACUGCGCGGUGACAUCAAUGUCCUGCUGCUCGGUGACCCCGGAACAGCCAAGUCACAGCUGCUCAAGUUUGUCGAGAAGGUGGCCCCUAUCGCGAUUUACACCUCGGGCAAGGGCUCGUCCGCCGCGGGUUUGACAGCUUCCGUCCAGCGAGAUCAGUCGACACGCGAGUUUUAUCUCGAAGGCGGUGCCAUGGUUCUCGCGGAUGGCGGCGUAGUAUGCAUCGACGAAUUCGACAAGAUGCGUGACGAGGACCGCGUGGCUAUCCACGAAGCCAUGGAACAGCAGACUAUUUCGAUCGCCAAGGCAGGCAUUACGACCAUCCUGAAUGCGCGGACAUCAGUACUCGCCGCCGCCAAUCCCAUAUUUGGCCGGUACGACGACAUGAAGACGCCUGGCGAGAACAUCGACUUCCAGACGACCAUUCUCUCACGUUUCGACAUGAUCUUCAUCGUCAAGGACGAGCACGAGCGCGGCAAAGACGAGCGCAUUGCCAAGCACGUCAUGGGCAUCCAUAUGGGUGGCCGGGGCGUGGAAGAGCGCGUUGAGUCUGAAAUUCCCGUCGACAAAAUGCGGCGCUACAUCAGCUAUUGCAGAUCCCGGUGCGCUCCACGUCUCUCAGACGCCGCGGCGGAAAAGCUCUCCUCGCACUUCGUCGCCAUCCGCAGGCAAGUACACGCGGCCGAGCUCGAAGCUAACACCCGCUCCUCCAUCCCCAUCACGGUCCGCCAGCUGGAAGCCAUCGUGCGCAUCACCGAGUCGCUCGCCAAGCUGUCCCUCUCUCCCGUCGCGACCGAAGAGCAUGUCGACGAGGCGAUCCGCCUCUUUCUCUGCUCGACUAUGGACGCCGUCAGCCAGGGCAGCAACCAGGGCAGCCGGGAGCUGAACGAGGAGGUCGCGCGGGUCGAGGCGGAGCUGAAGAGGCGGCUGCCCAUCGGGUGGAGCACGAGCCUGGCAACGCUCAGGCGGGAGAUGGUGGAAGGGAAGGGGUUCAGCGAGGCGGCGCUGAAUCGCGCGUUGAUGAUCUUGCAGAGGAGGGAUACCAUCAUGUUUAGGAACCAAGGGGCGCAGGUUUAUAGAAACGGGGCAUAGGUAACAGGAACAGCAGAGUGUUGUCAUGUGUUUGUUAUGGAUUCAUGGGGUCUGGUCUGCGUAUGUGCAUGACGGUUCAACGGUGUUGGGUAAAGGCUGGGAAUAGGCGUACUUUACUACCUAGGUACUACAUUUUACUGUGAUGGGGAUUUUCACAUGUAUCCAAUCGAAUGUUUC